AUGUCUGCUGAUACUGAUUCUGUUGAAAAAAGAUACCUAUCACUGCACGAGCGAUACAGCGUUUGCAGGCGCAAUUCAACUUUCCCAGCCGUCGUUGUGGUCGUCAUCGCAUAUUCAAAGGCUUCGGCUCUCCCCUCAACUUCGUUCCUCGCACGACGAAUCACUGAGCUACAACAACAUUUCCCACUACUGUACGCCAGUGUCGAAGGUGCACGAAGCACCAAACCAUACUUUCAGAGUCGAAAGGAAGUAUGGCCACCUUCUGAGAUUCUAUUCCACACUACCUACACACCCUCAUCCGAUGCGAAAGAAGAACUUGGACAAGUAUUCUGCGAAGAGCCCGAUGUAUUAGCUAAAAAACAAGAUUUCUACUCUGGUCCGAGUUGGCAAGUCCGAAUACAUACCCAUCCUGCUCAACCCAGAGCAUAUCUGACAUUGGCGAUUGAUCAUAUCUAUAAUGACGGUCGAGGUCUUCUUGCCCUUCUCGGUUGUCUUUUGGCCGAUGAUAUAUCCUCAUUACCAUAUGAGAAACUCUCCAGUAUACCCAGAGUAGAAGAUACCGUCGAUAUGAAACCUUCAUUAGGGUAUUUCCUCCCAAUCGUAUUCGAUAAAUUGCUAUUACCGAAACUACCUAAUUUCAUACAAUCAUAUUUUAAGAAAUCGCCCACUUGGCCAUCGACAAGUAUCCGACAGGGUCCCAUCGAUUUACCAGCUGGUCAAUCUAUCAUUUCAAUUCCUCUCGACUUACUCAGCAAGCUCAAAAUCGUCUCAAAAGAACACGGUAUCAAAACGUUACAUGGUCUUCUCAAGGCUAUUUACAUGGUAGGCGUAUGGUCGGUCUACCGACAUACCCUUACUCCAUUUAUCAUACGGGGUUCUACACCUCGAUCAGAGAGAGAUUCAGCAUUGGGUCAUCCUCUAUGUACUGGUAAUUUCGUCAGUUCUCAUAAAGUGGAUAUUCCCUUAGAGGGGAAUGACGAUUUCUGGACAGUCGCUACGAAAGUUUCAAAUCAUCUUAUCGAUCCUCAAUCGAUUAAAUACGGUAGAAUGGAUAUGGGUAUGCUAGCUUGGGUACCAGAUGGUGAAUUCGAUCCUCCUCAUGAAGAUCCUCGACGUGUGACCAAAUGGGAAGAUUUCUUCUUGACUCAGGCAUACUCUGAGACUCCCUUCAACGAGAGUUUCAGCUUCUCCAAUUUAGGUGUAACGAAAUUACCUCAAGGAGCGGAAGAUCUGAUAUGGGGUCAAGAAGCUUCGCCUUAUGCACCACCUUUCAAUGUGAGCUUGAUCAGUCACGAGGCCGGAUUGAGGUUGGUCACGGUGUGGAAGGAAGGGUCAGUCGCGGUGGAAGAAGAAGUUAAACGGAUGGAGACGGUAUUUGAGGGGGUGCUUAGAAAAUUGGUUGAGGGAGUUGAAGAUACGACAUUGGCGAGUCUGACCAAGCUAUAG